GAGGUAGAGUUUCUAUUCAGUUGCGUUACCAAAACACCUGUAAGCGCUCAAUAGGGAGCUAUCGAUUACGUUAGUUUGCGGAAGCAUUUUUAAAUUGUUUUAAAACCCAGUUUGUGCUUUGAAUUGUACUAAGAAAAGUAGCGGCAGGGUUGGUUUGCCGAAUAUGGGGCCUCUUGCGAGUCGGGAUGUGUUUUCGUGGCUACUGGUGGCCUCGGUUCUCCAGGUGUCGAGUGUGCGCUUGGCGCAGGCCAGUUACCUGUGCACUGCAUACCUGAACAUUUCCUACACCCAUCCUGAAACGAACCGAACCACCUGGUAUCAAGAGGAAAUGGGACUCUAUGGGCAAGACUCACCCAAAGCUUCUGUCGUGGGGAAUGUGUAUUUAGCCGAUCCGAUCUAUGGCUGUGAGGAGGACACCGUUUAUAGCCGACCGAACGAUUCCAGGGGCUGGAUCGCCUUAAUCCAACGCGGAAGCGGUUGCACUUUCAGCGAUAAAAUUAACGUCGCAGCUAUGAACGGAGCUGCCGCUGCUAUCAUUUUCAACGACUUCGGGGCAGAAAAUCGGGUCAUUCAGAUGUCUCACCCUGGCACGAGCAUCGUUGCAGUAAUGAUUGGCAACUACCGUGGGAUGGAACUGGUCCAGCUGCGAGUCAAGGGCGUGCCCGUUUCCAUAGCGAUAGAGGUCGGGAAGCAGCACGGUCCUUGGAUGAGUCACUAUUCAGUGUUUUUCGUCUCCAUCUCCUUCUUCAUCGUCACCGCGGCGACUGUUGGAUACUUCAUCUUUUACUCCGCGCGGAGACUGACAGGCCUCAGACAGCAGAACCGCAAACAGAAAAAGCUGAAAGCUGAAGCAAAAAAGGCGAUUGGCCAGCUGCAGGUCCGCACACUGAGACAAGGGGAUCAGGAGACUGGCCCGGAUGCUGAUACCUGUGCAGUUUGUAUUGAGUUGUAUAAAGCAGGAGAUGUACUGUCAGUUCUCACAUGCAAUCAUUUCUUCCAUAGAUCUUGCAUAGAGCCGUGGCUGCUAGAGCACAGAACCUGCCCAAUGUGCAAAUGUGACAUUCUUAAAGCCCUUGGAGUUGAGGUGAGUUUUCACACUAGGACUGUUUGUCGCCCCAGACAUAUUCAAAAGACGAGCAUUAGACGAUAUAAAGCUCUGAG